ACUUACUUUUAUUUACGCUAUUACUGAAAGAGUGCAUUAAUUUUGUUCUUAUUAUCUCUGUUCAUCUAAAUUCUAACAGACCACAUAAUUGGUCAUACUUAGAAGUCCUUAGAUGAGUUAUACUUUCCACUUCAAAAUUCACCCAUAUUCUAAUUUCAAGUAUUUUGUUUUGUAAAACAAUAGAAGUUUAGUACUCUAGGAAAUAUUUAGCCUUUCAUUUCUUUGAUUGAAGAGUAGUAGUUGAAUAAGCACUAAUGAGUCUAAACUUGUCGUACCUUGUUAAUCCUCCUACCGAAACUGGGUCAUCAAUUCCUGCUGAUACCGACCAUGCCAUUUCUGUAACAUUGCCAACAUGGCAAGCUAACGUUGGAUAUGAGGAAGGGGAUCCUGACGUUGCUACAAGGAUGCAAACAGGCUAUCCUAGAUUUUUCAUAAAUACGUUUAUUAAAGACUGCGCUAGCAAAGUUAAAAAGUCACCUGAAGUUCAAAAGCUAAAUCUGAAUAAUUACGAUACAAUGCUUUAUCCUUCCAUGUCGAUUGCUCAGCAAUGCGUUGAGUUUAUAGCUGAGAAAGCUCAACUGGAACCAUCUACUCUUCCUAUAGUUGAUGCUUCUCAAUCUUUAAAAUCACAUCUCAGGACUCUAGGUUCUGAUCGCGUUAAAGACAUUCAUAUCCCUAAUGUCUUUGCUGUUUUGUUUCCCUGUGAAUACUUUAGCGUAGCGAAGCAGUUUUGGCAACAUACUGGUGAAGGUAUUUCCAGCCGAAGAGCUGCUUGCUUUUUACAGGCAUUUAAGUUAGUCCAAACUAUGGCAAAACAAGGCUCGUAUAAACAAUCUUUAUUACAUCUGAAAAGCAAAAGUAGAAGCCGCUAUGCUUCUGCUCAUGACAUGGAAGCUUUACAGAGUUGGAUGAGUGACGAUAAUCAAUCCAAUGAAGCUGAAAUGACCGAUGUAAGUCGUUACCUAGAGGAACGAUAUGGCCGUAAUUUGGAUUUAAGCUUGGCAACUUCCGCAAAGAUUGUUCUAAGAAGGCGAAUUGCUGGAACUUUGGAAGAUGAAGUUGAUUUAAAAAAAACUCUCCCUUAUGAAAAGGAAAGCGAGUUAAGACAGAUUAAAGGCUUGACCCAUGAAGAUGUAUAUCUAUUCCCUACUGGCAUGAGUUCUAUUUACAAUGCUCAUCGCAUUCUCAGAAAGACUCUGGAUGGUAGCAGGAAAAGCGUUUGUUUUGGAUUUUGUUAUGUUGAUACUUUGAAAAUAUUAGAGAAAUGGGGACAAGGUUGUUAUUUUUACGGACUUGGCAAUGCUUCUCAGCUGGAUGAAUUCGAAAAUCUUUUGGAAAGUGGAGAAAAGGUUUUGGGCUUAUUCUGUGAAUUCCCUUCUAAUCCUUUACUAAAUACUCCUGAUCUCGUCCGUAUUCGACGCCUCGCCAACAAGUACGAUUUUGCGGUUGUUGUGGAUGAAACGAUUGGAAACUUCUUAAAUGUGGAAGUUCUUCCAUAUGCUGAUAUGGUUGUUAGCAGCUUAACAAAAAUAUUUAGUGGAGACAGUAAUGUCAUGGGUGGUAGUUUAGUUCUGAAUCCAUUAAGCCGCUUGUAUGGAAAACUGAAGGAGGGAAUGACCAAAUUAUAUGAGGAUAAUUUCUAUGAUGAGGAUGCCUUAACCUUGGAGAGAAAUAGUCGUGAUUUUGCUGACAGAUCAAAGGUCAUAAACGAAAACGCCGAAGUUAUAUGUGAGUUACUACGGAAGAGUCCUAAAGUGAAGCAGCUAUAUUAUCCGAAAUACAAUAUUUCAUCGACCAAUUACGAAGCUUGCAAAAGAAAUAAUGGAGGUUACGGAGGAUUAUUAUCCGUUGUUUUUCAUGAUCCAUGUGAUGCACGACGCUUUUAUGAUCACAUUCGUGUUGCAAAAGGGCCUUCUUUAGGCACCAAUUUUACAUUGGCUUCCCCUUACACUAUCAUUGCACAUUACCAAGAAUUGGACUGGGCUGAAGAGAACGGCAUCAAUCGAAAUCUGGUCCGUGUCAGCGUUGGCAUGGAACCGAAAAAGCAUCUAUCCGCAGUAUUCUCAGAAGCUCUAAAUUAGAGCUUCUGUGCAUCUAGUUAUUGUAAAUUUUGUACAUGAUAGUGUUUCAGGAAUGAAUUGAAUAUAUUAAUGUUAAUUUCUUAGUCAAUUAUUAUGAUGCCAUCAGUGUUCGCAUUUACUUUAGAAGGUUUAUUAAAAAAUUUAUAAGUCCUUAAUUAGUUUCAAAAAAAUAAAAAUUAGUAAAAUAGAAAAUGAA